AAAAAUUAUUCAUUCCUCUGUGAGACAGCAUUCUGCAUAGAACUUCAUUCACAGUGACGGUUAUUUUUCAAAUUUUACGUUGGCGCGAGAAAAAAAACUCCUCGAGCCCCAGUUUUUUUCCAGAAUAUUUACUCAUUGGCUCAUCCGCUCAAAUGGGAGAUCCCGAGAAAUCAAGUUUACCACGAUCUGAGGGAACCAAUGCGCAGAAUUAUAGAGCAAUCGGCAAAACCAAACAUGUGGAAUAUUUGAAUAAUUGGAAGUUGCGAAAAAUUAAAUGCGAAUUGAUGGGUGGACAUCCCCAGACAGUGGCAGGAUACAAAUUCACAUUAAUAAUUGGAUUGACUUCGGUAAUUUUGGUAUCGAUCUUCAUCGGAUCAGUCAUCUAUACAUCAUUUCAAAGAGUUCCAGAAGUAAUUAGCACAUCACCAGAUCUCUCACCAGCGACUAUCCACUCCUAUGAUGAUCUAUCUGAGCUUCCCGUAUCAUUCAAUGGCGUUGUCUAUAGAAACGUUGACAAUAUAAUCGUAAGUGGCCCAAAAGAUCGUGGUCGUCGAUCAGCCAUUAAUGUGGAGGAGAAUGAAAUUGUAUCCGGCGACCGUGACACCGAAAAACACCAGACAGAAUAUGCCAAUCACAAGUCCACCUGUCAAGCACGCUUCCAUGCUUGUCAAGCAAUCCUCAAUAAUAUGCAGGCGUUGACAUCAACAGCUAGUGAGAGUAUAGAUACGCUGAAGGAUCUUUUGUCCUCUAUAAAUAAAACCAAAGGUGCCCUCUCGGAGUUUCUUCAGUGUGUCGAGUGUCAAAAUCUGGCGAAACCGAGAGGCAGUAAUAUAAAUCCACCUGCUAUGCCGGGAACGCCUCCAGAUACUUCAAGUUCGAUAAUCGAGAAUCUUCCAGCUGUGCUCAAUGUGGCUGGUCAGUCAGUUCAACCGCAUUUGAAUGUUAAAAUUCUUGACAAUUCUCCUGAAGGAAAACCUAAUCUGGAAGUCGACAGAAUGAUUACCACCAGUUUUACUGAACUACUCGAUAAGCCACGAGUCCCUGGGGUUCUCAAGGCUACUACUGUUCAGGAUGUACCGGUCAUUCAAAAACCAUCGAAAGAAAUGGUUCGAGAAGCAAAAAUUGAUGGACCAGUGAAGUACGAUGUUCCCUUGCUGCAAAACUUUCAAACUCAUGAGUAUCCGUCCGGUAUCUCAAGCGAUUUUCACAUCGGAGAGAGCCCCGAUCUACUUUCAGUCCAGGGACCCUCCCUAAUGGGUAAUUUUCCCAAAAUGAUGCAGGUUCAGUUCCGACCAAAUGAAAAUUACGACACCAAUCCUCCAGUGAUUCCAACAGCAGAAACUGUCAAAACUGACCAGCAAGUUCAGAUAAAUCCUCAACUACCCUUCAACAAAGGGGCUAUUUGUUUUUACAGCAAUCCACCGGUCCAGGUACCAACGGGAAUGCAAGUUCCCUUGGGUUUUCUCCAACCCUCAGCUUUUCCGUAUCCGUCUGGCACUGGUCAAUAUCAAGGUCCUGUUCAGUAUCCCCUGAGGGGUUUCUCCUUGCCAGAGCAGGGAUCCUCCAGUUUCCAAUCAGCGUCCGUACAAAACGGACCAUACGGAGAGACUUCGCAAAUUAAUUCAGGUGGAGGACAAGCCGGAAUUUGGUUGCCACCCACAGGGCCUGGACAGACCUUUCCGCGAACUAGUCCUCAACUUCAGCCCUAUUAUUGUCUUUUUAUACCAGCAACUGGUGUUCAACUCGCCGCAGCCCCUAACAUUCUCAGAAAUUCAGAUCUCAGUAGAAGCAAUUCUGAAAAUCGAAAGGCCGAAAUCGGGGUAUACAGAGCAAAGGAGUGGUAUGAUAACAACGUAUACUCAGGAUAUCCGAAAAAAUGUAAAGAAAAUCAACAUCUAUGCAUGGACGGUAGUAUAUGCAUUUCAAAAUUAGAAUGGUGCGAUGGACGUGUCAACUGUCCAGAUAGCAGUGACGAGAUGAGAUGCUCCUGUCAAGAAAGGAUUAAUAAAGAGAAACUCUGCGAUGGCUACUUUGACUGUCCUCGCGGUGAAGAUGAACUCGGCUGUUUCGGAUGCCCGCCGGAUUCAUUCAGCUGUCAGGAUUGGAACCGGCGCUUCAGACGGGAAAAUUGCGUUCCCAUGACACAACGAUGCGACGGGAUCACUCAAUGUCCGAACAAUAGGGACGAAAUUGAGUGCACUAUGCUGACUCAAUCGAUGGCUACUGAUCAAGAUGUCCUUCUCACUGGUUACUUAACCGGGUUCCUUCACAAAAAUCACAAAGGAAAAUGGUAUCCCGUUUGCGUGGCGUCCCACCAAUGGGCCAUUGACGCUUGUGCUGCUGAAACAGGCACACUAAACAGAGAACUCCCGAAGAUCGAGGCCAAGAUAAUUCCCCAGGGCAUGAAUCACGGCCCCUAUCUCAUAGUGACACCGACAAAUGAAGCGGAGCUUAUACCCAGUUGUAACAAUCAAGCACUCUUUGUCGAGUGUCCAACAAUUCCCUGUGGCACUCGAGUUACAUCUCAAAAUCGUUUCCGACCUUUUGGUAUGUACGAGGAUUCACUCGUUGCCUCGGCACUUGGUGGAAGUGUCCCAGCGUCUGCCGCUUAUACAAUCGCAGUGAUUCAAAAAUUGAGGGAUGCUAUGAAUACAAUGGCGACGGAAGAUACGAAUAGUAGGAAUUGUAGAGGCCGUCGUGGAGUACUUGAAUACCUCGGGCCAACUUCAAGGGCAAGACAGUCCUUGCUGACUACGGCAGACUUGUCGGAAUACAAGACCAAAAUUAUGCAAGAAUUGGAUGAAACUCUCAAUACUUUGCUCGAAGAGCAGAAGAAGAAUUCAGUAAUUACUCAAGGUCCUCCAGAUAUAUUGGAAAAGGAACAGUGGGGAAGGACCGCGGGUGUGCGUCCUCUCAACACGGAGAACCCCAAAACCAGUGUAGGUAAUGCAACAAGUGAUUCGCCACCAAACUUUAGGAUCGUUGGGGGAAGAACCAGCCAACCUCAGGCCUGGCCAUUUCUCGUAGCUGUAUACAAGGAUGGAUAUUUUCAUUGUGGAGCUGUUAUCCUUGAUGAUCAAUGGAUAAUGACUGCUGCACAUUGUGUUGAUGGACACAAGACACAUUUUUAUGAGAUUCAGGCGGGUUUACUACGUCGAUAUUCCUACUCUCCAAUGGCUCAAUCUCGUCGCGCUCGUUACAUUGUCCCUCAUCCGGCAUAUAAUCGAGCAACUAUGGUUAACGAUAUUGCACUUAUUAAAUUAAACGAACCUCUGCGCUUCAAUCGCUGGAUUCGACCGACUUGUUUACCUGAAGAUGGGUGGAAUUUUCAUCCCACACCUCAAACUACUUGCAUUACCAUUGGAUGGGGUGCUACGGUAGAACAUGGACCUGAUCCUGACGAUUUGAGAGAAGUUGAAGUUCCAAUUCUUCCUCAAUGUAAACACAAUGCGGAUCGUAUCGGUGAAGAAAUUUGCGCGGGAGUAUCCCAAGGGGGUAAAGAUGCAUGCCAGGGUGAUAGUGGUGGACCUCUCAUGUGCCAAUAUCCAGGCUCCAACGAUCGAUGGUAUACCGCUGGAGUUGUAAGCCAUGGUGAAGGUUGUGGACGACAAAAUGAGCCCGGGGUGUAUACCAGAGUCAGUAAAUUCAGGAAUUGGAUCGAUGGUAUAAGAACUUCCUUCAUGCCACGAAAUCAAGUACAAACAUUUUCAUGCCCUGGUUUCGUCUGCAACGGAGGCCUCGGUAAAUGUCUCCCGGCUAACCGUCGAUGUAACGGCAUUGUCGACUGCCUCGAUGCAGACGACGAGUUCAACUGUCCUAAUCUGUCCGUUUUCGUCCAUUCUGAACAUUUGUUCAACUCUCCUCAAAGCCCCGAAAACUCAAAUGCCAACAACUACAAUCCAUCUCUAAGAACUUCGGUCACCGAAAGAUUACCCGAGUUCUUAUCAAUGCGGCCUACGCCUCUGCCAGAGCUAGCAUCCUCAUCUCCUGGAACUCGUCCAACACAGCCAUUGUUCCUAUCCUCCACACUCACACCACUACCAACGACUCCCAAAAUGGAAUCAACUGAGAAUGCAACAAAGCUUCCAAUACCAUCAUCAAGCCCUACCACACGUAUCCCUAGUCCUCCACCUAAUUUCCUUCCAGAAAUCUUCAACAAUUCAUCACAAUUUAGUUGCGCCAAAAUGCCACAAAUAAUUUCCCUUCACAAGCGUUGUGACAAAAACAUCGACUGCGAGGACGGCACCGACGAGAAGAACUGCACCUGCCGAGACAUCCUCUUACGCAAUAUUCCUUCAGCAAUCUGCGACGGUCACCUGGAUUGUUAUGACGGAAGCGAUGAGAAAAACUGUACCUUAUGCAGGGAUGAUCAGUUUACCUGCAGCAGAAGUGGCGCCUGCAUUCUCAAGUCUCAAGUCUGUGACACAGAAACUCAAUGCCCCCUGAAGGAAGACGAAUCUGAUUGCUUUACCCUGAGCAAUAACCAGCACAUUGUCUAUGAUUUUGAAAAUCGCACCUAUUUCAAUCGAGAAGGUGUGUUGACGAGAAUUACUAAUGGAAUUUGGAGGCCAGUUUGUUCUACCUAUGGUGGAGAGGAGGCACGUGAUGUAGCCUCGAGCAUCUGCUUUUACCUUGGUCUGAAAGACUAUGAGUUUGUGAAGAAUGUAACAGUUAUGAAUGAAACUCUGGAGACUAUACACUCAGUUCCAAAUAAUUUCGUCCCCUAUGAAUAUCUCGAAAUGCUGAUACCCCCGAAAAAUGGCUCGAAAACCUGUCAAGGAUUGUACGUAAAAUGUCAAACAGCUUUGACAACUUGGGUGGAGUCUCACAGGGUUGAACAUGUUCGCAAUAAGCCUGUGAAUACCUCUUAUCUAUUUCCCUGGGAGGCAGCCGUAUUCGUGGACGGUCAGUAUUACUGUCCAGGUGUUUUGCUGGAACACGCUUGGGUGAUAACGACUUCCAGAUGCACACAAAAUAUCAAACUGAAAAAUAAUUAUACUACUGUGGUUGUCGGACUAUCUCCAACCUUUCGGUAUGCGGAUGGGCCCCAUCAACAGGUAGUAGAGGUGAGCUCUAUAAGGCCUGUUGAUCCACAACGAUCGGAAGCUUCGUUACUUCAUUUGAAGACUCCUGUCAAUAUGACAAGGGGUGUCAAGCCAGUCUUUUAUGAUAAAUUGAUCUUUCCAUCGAGUGAAGAUGAUGAGUGUAUUUCAUUGGGAACUAACGAGGAAUUUGAGAGCACAAAGACUUUCUUCAAACCGGUUACUGUUGGUUGCCCUAAUUGUCACAGAUGCUAUGUUAAUGGCACUAGUGAAUUUUGCAGGAAUAAUGAGACUCAACAUUGGGAUGGAAUUGUUGUUUGCAGGGGCAAGGGUGGUUGGUAUCCAACUGCUAUUUUUCAAAAUAAAGAUAUGAUGUGCGGGUUCAAGACACCUCAGACUCUGACGAGUAUUGAUUAUUACAAUUCAUAUAUCACUCAGGCGAUGUAUGACCAGACUAAAGCUGUACAAGCGCCUGAGUGUGAGGGGUUGAGAUGUAGUACAGGAAAUUGUGUAGUUUGGAAAAAAAUUUGUGACGGUGUUGACGAUUGUAGGGAUGGGGAGGAUGAGGCCCAAGGGAGGUGUAAAGAAAAGAGGGCUAACUGUGAGAUAUCUGGGGGCAUUGGAUGUACUUGCGAUAGGACGGAGUUAAGAUGCAGUAGUGGACAAUGUAUCGGGAAAGAAAAAUUCUGUGACGGUAUUCGUGACUGCGAAGAUGGAAGUGAUGAGCCAGAAAACUGCACGUGUGGAGAGUAUCUGAAGUUGACGAUGCCGAGACUGGUCUGUGAUAAUGUUAGGCAUUGCUGGGAUAAAACGGAUGAGACUGAUGAGGAGUGCUUAUGUAAGGACUCGAGUUUCCAAUGUUUAAACCGGACAAUGCAAAAUGGACCUUGCGUACCACCCGAUUUCAUUUGUGAUGGUUAUAAUGACUGUGAGAAUGCGGCAGACGAGAAGAAUUGUAGAACACUCAAGGGGCAUAGAGACGAUCCGGAAGGGGUGGGCCAGGUUCUAAAACGCACUGCAGGUGUCUGGCAUUCAGAGUGUUUUCCUGCACCGAUUGAAUCCACAGAGGAUGCGAUCAAAAUCUGUCGCAGUAUGGAUUACGUCGACGGUGCUAUUUUGUCACGGAACGAGACCACAAAGUACGGUGAUGCAUUAACCCCGUCUUUCGAUAAUUUUUACACGGUUACUCUGAACAGCAAAAAUUCGUUACAUAUGAGAGCAGAUAAACCAUUGGUCGCCCUCCAAACUGCAAAAAAUGUUUGUCAUCGUGCCUUCGUCAGAUGCUCAUCCAAAAUUUUUAAAUAAGCGAUAACGUGUCCUUAGAAAUUUAUUGAUUAACUUUUCUUGCUCCUUUAUUGGCAUAUUUUUUACCGAAGAUAUUCUUUUAUUUAUAAAAAUUUGAAUUUCGAUGUUCACAAUUUCCAUAAGAUGCAAUAAACACCAAAAAAUUAUCAAUGAAAAUAACAUCGAUAAAAUGCUUAGACUAAGCCACGUGACUCUUGAUAAUGCGCAAAGACUUCAA